CUCGUACGGGUUAAUAGAGGACAUGUGAAUAGUCUCCGUAUGUCGUCAUAAUCCAAAGAGCAGAACAUCCUCGGCUCAACGGUCGGCCUUUCAGGAUUUAUAUUUAUGCUGGAUUCAUCGCCAUUUUCUGGCUGCUUUUCUCUCCAUUUCCUGUUGUGUUAUUAUACUUCUUAUAAUACUGUAUUUCUAUCCUUCAUUCUUCCUGAUUUCAAAACAGGUCUCUCCGUCCAUUCCUUUCUUCCCCCCGGUGAACGCAAACAGCAACCUCCUCUCCAAUCCAACUGCAAUCAUUCAAUCGUUCACGGUCGUCACAUCCAAUCAGGCUAAUCUGCGCUGUUUUGCUUCCAACCGUGGAUUACGUACCUGAUUGAUCACUGUCUUGGCUGUUACCACCCUUACUACCUGCUUUAUUAUACUAUAAUACCCCUCGUCGCCACCAUGUCUCCUCCCUCCUCUUCCCCAUCCGUCUCCUCCGCUCGCGCCCGUCUCGAAAACCUCAAAUCGCACAUCAUGGGUUCCUCUGCGCCUGCCUCCGUCUUCUCCGCCGCCGUCGUCCCCUCGGCUCCCGAGGAUCCUCUCUUCGGUCUCGCGCAGGCUUUCCGCCAAGAUCCCUCCGAUAAGAAGGUCGAUCUCGUCAUCGGUGCCUAUCGCGAUGAUCACUCCAAGCCCUGGGUGUUGCCGGUGGUCAAGAAGGCCGACAACCUCGUCCGCAAUGAUCCCACUCUCAACCACGAAUACCUCCCCAUCAAGGGUCUCGCCGAUUACGACUCCGCCGCCCAGAAGCUCAUGAUCGGCGCGGAUAGCCCUGCCAUUCGCGAAAACCGAGUAUGCACCUUCCAAACCAUCUCCGGCACCGGCGCCCUCUACCUCUCCAACCCAACCUGGGCCAACCACCACCAAAUCUUCACCAACGUCGGCCUCACCCUCGCCAACUACCCCUACUUCGACCCUAAGACCAAAGGCCUCGACUUCACCGGCAUGCUCGGCGCCCUCGACACCGCCCCCGCCGGCUCCAUCAUCCUCCUCCACGCCUGCGCCCACAACCCCACAGGCGUAGACCUCACCCAAGACCAAUGGAAGCAAGUCGCAGCCGUCAUGCGCUCCCGCCGCCUCUUCCCCUUCUUCGACUGCGCCUACCAGGGCUUCGCCUCCGGCGACGUCGUCCGCGACGCCUGGGCCGUCCGCUACUUCAUCGACCAGGGCUUCGAGCUGUGCGUCGCCCAGUCCUUCGCCAAGAACUUCGGCCUCUACGGCCAGCGCACUGGCGCCUUCCACUUCGUCUCCGCCCCCGGCGCAGACGCCCCCGCCGCAACCUCCCACGUCGCCUCCCAGCUCGCCAUCCUCCAGCGCUCCGAGAUCUCCAACCCCCCGGCCUACGGCGCGCGCAUCGUCUCCCGCGUCCUGAACGACCCGGCCCUAUUCGCCGAGUGGGAGGGCGACCUCCGCACGAUGAGCGGCCGCAUCGCCGACAUGCGCCGCGGUCUGCGCCAACGCCUCGAAGCCAAGGGCACCCCGGGGUCCUGGACCCACAUCACCGAUCAGAUCGGCAUGUUCAGCUUCACGGGGUUGACAGAGCCGCAGGUGAAGCUGUUGCGGGAGAAGUGGCAUGUUUAUAUGGUGAGUCAUAUAUAUAUAUAUAUAUUAUUCCCCCCCCCCGAAGAAGAGAAUGGAAACUAACGAAUGGAUAGACCAAAAACGGCCGCAUCUCCAUGGCAGGCCUUAACACGCAUAAUCUGGAUUAUUUUGCGGAGGCGGUGGAUAGUGUUG